UAAUUCUCUUUUCUCAUUCUCUUGCUAAAUCUUGAUUCAGGGCUGAAAAUUGUGCAAUCAUGUUGGUCUAUCAAGAUUUACUCACCGGUGAUGAACUCCUCUCUGACUCUUUCCCAUACAAGGAAAUCGAGAAUGGUUGUCUGUGGGAAGUCGAAGGGAAGUGGGUAGUUACUGGAGCAGUUGAUGUUGACAUUGGGGCAAACCCUUCUGCCGAAGGUGGUGGCGAAGAUGAAGGUGUUGAUGACCAAGCUGUGAAAGUGGUCGACAUUGUUGACACAUUCAGACUGCAGGAGCAACCUCCGUUUGACAAGAAGCAAUUCAUUGGGUACAUCAAGAAGUACAUCAAAGCGUUGACCCCUAAGCUCGAUGCAGAGAAGCAAGAAGAGUUCAAAAAGUCCAUUGAGGGUGCAACCAAGUAUCUUGUCUCUAAAAUCAAAGAUCUUCAAUUUUUUGUCGGAGAGAGCAUGCACGAUGAUAGCUCCUUGGUGUUUGCUUACUACAGGGAAGGUGCUACCGAUCCAACAUUUUUGUACUUUGCCCAUGGUUUGAAGGAAAUCAAGUGUUGAGUGUUUCCUAUAGCCAAUAUUUUUAUGUUGUUGUGCUUCUAUAUGUACUCGUUUAGACACCCAAAUUCGUGUGGACUUUAAUAUUAUCAGUAUGGUAUUGCAGUUUUGACAA